GUGCCUUUGGAGGAUUUGGGACAACUACCACCACUGCGGCACCAGCGUUUAGUUUCUCUGCACCCACCAAUACAGGCACCAGUGGGCUCUUUGGUGCUACCCAGAACAAAGGCUUUGGAUUUGGUACUAGUUUUGGCACCGGAACCGGCUUGGGUAGUGGGUUGGGAACUGGGCUGGGCUUUGGAGGUUUUGGUACCCAGCAGCAGCAGACCACCUUGGGCAGCGGGUUGUUCAGCCAGCCCGCGCAGACGCCUGCCCAGUCCAACCAGCUCAUUAACACAGCCAGCGCCCUCUCGGCUCCAACGCUCCUCGGAGACGAGAGAGAUGCCAUUCUGGCAAAGUGGAACCAGCUGCAGGCCUUCUGGGGAACAGGCAAAGGGUACUUCAACAACAACAUCGCUCCGGUGGAGUUCACGCAGGAAAACCCCUUUUGCAGGUUCAAGGCUGUGGGUUACAGUUUAAUUCCCAACAACAAAGAUGAAGAUGGCCUCGUUGUCUUGGUCUUCAACAGAAAAGAAACAGAUAUUCGGAGUCAGCAGCAGCAGCUUGUAGAAUCACUACACAAAAUUCUGGGAGGAAACCAGACCCUCACGGUCAAUGUUGAAGGCGUUAAAACAAUGCCAGAUGACCAGACAGAAGUGAUAAUUUACGUUGUUGAGCGCUCACCCAAUGGCACUUCCAGGAGAGUUCCUGCAUCGACCCUCCAUGCCCACUUUGAACAGGCCAACAUAAAAUCGUCCCUGCAGCAGCUGGGCGUCAACCUUUCCAUGGCCAGAACAGAGUUUUCCCCCGCUCAAGUCAAACAGCUCCUGCAGAAUCCGCCUGCUGGUGUUGAUCCUAUUAUAUGGGAACAAGCCAAAGUUGAUAAUCCUGAUCCUGACAAGCUUAUUCCUGUGCCAAUGGUGGGUUUCAAGGAACUGUUAAGAAGAUUGAAGGUCCAAGAUCAGAUGACCAAACAGCAUCAAACUCGAUUAGAUAUAAUAUCAGAAGAUAUCAGUGAGCUGCAGAAAAACCAAACAACAACUAUGGCAAAAAUUGCACAGUACAAAAGGAAGCUGAUGGCGCUUUCUCACAGAACGUUACAGGUGCUAAUAAAGCAGGAGAUCCAGAGGAAAAGUGGUUAUGCCAUUCAAGCAGAUGAAGAGCAGCUUCGUGUCCAGUUAGAUACAAUUCAAUGUGAACUUAAUGCACCUACACAGUUCAAGGGCAGACUGAAUGAGCUUAUGUCCCAAAUCAGGAUGCAAAACCACUUCGGAACAGUGCGGGCUGAGGAGCGCUAUUACAUUGAUGCAGACCUCUUAAGGGAAAUCAAGCAACAUCUGAAGCAGCAGCAAGAAGGCCUGAGUCACCUAAUAAGCAUUAUAAAGGAUGACUUGGAGGACAUCAAACUUAUAGAACAUGGGCUGAAUGAGAGCAUUCCCAUCAGAGGGGGAGUCUUCAGCUGACGUGGUGGAUGCUUCUGGGCUUACACAGAACAUGUUACUCGAGUUCAUGGUUCACCUUCCAAGGCUAAAACUGUUGAGGUAAAAUAAAACACGUAUCUUCUAGGAGCAACGGUAUUUUGGCUGUUAUCUUUAGAAUUAGCAAAGCCUCUUCUAAGCUUUUGAACUUGACCUUUGGAAGGUUUAUAUUUUAUAAAGCUCUAUAUGCUUUAAUAAAAGAAGGAAAACUGAAUUUGUUCAGAUACUGGUUUACUACAAAACUAUAUGUACUAUUGUACAUUUUUUUUCUUUUUUUUUUACAACAGCAUUGUCCUAGAAAUGCAGUGCCAAGGGAGUUGUUCUGCUUGUGACUUGAUUUGUGGAAAGCUUAGCCUGCUUCCAUGUUUUUGUCAAAACAAUCAAGUAACAUCAUUAUGUAAACAGCUAAUUGAAACCAUUACAGAUAUGUAUGUUGCUGUAAUUGUGUCAGUCUCUGCAAUACCUGUAGUUUACUGGGGCAAGCUGCAGGAAGUUUGGUUCCAGUUUAUGUCCUUCCUUUGGAAAGGAUCUGAGGGUUAUGUUUUUUUCUCACUUUACAUAUGUGAAAUACACAAAGCUUCUCUGCCCCUUGACAACAGAAUGUCUAGAUCUUGUCUUCUGCCUUUUUCUAAUUGCCAGAGAGUAAUAAAUUCAGUCUGACUUUGUAA